GAGAGUUGUUAUAAGCAGCUCAGUAGCAGUGGUAGCGAGUUACUGUGUAUGGCUCUCUCUAUCUCCUUCCCUUCCAUUUUUCUUCUCCUUCUCUGAGAAAUCAAAUCAAACAAACAUAACACUUCAUCUUCAUCUUCUCAUCAUUCUUCAGUCACAAUGUCAAUCUUAUCCAUUUCCUCACCUCCAAUCUCUUCAUCUUCGUUUUCACUUUCAAUUUCAUCUACUCGCAUGCCAUGCUUCAAUUUCAGGGUUUCAUUCCCCCAAUCGCAAAAGAGAGGGAACCGUGUGGUCAUGAUGAGCAUGGAAGCAGGUGUCGGAGUCAUGGGAACCAAGUUGGGAAUGAUGAGCUAUUUCGAAGAAAACGGUGUCGUUGUUCCGGUCACUGUCGUCGGUUUCAAAGAAGGUAACAUCGUCACGCAACUCAAAACCGAAGCCACUGAUGGCUACGACGCUGUUCAAGUUGGUUACCAGAGGAUCCGGGACCGCAAGCUCACCAAACCUGAGUUGGGUCAUCUUGAGAAGGUUGGUGCUAUCCCCAUGCGCCAUCUUCAGGAGUUUCGCCUUCAAUCGCUUGAGGGUUUCGACCUCAACCAGCGCCUUGUUUUCGAUGAACUGUUCAAGGAGGGUGAUCUUGUUGAUGUCUCUGGCACCACCAUUGGCAAGGGUUUCCAAGGUGGUAUCAAGCGAUGGAACUUCAAAAGGGGUCCAAUGAGCCAUGGUUCUAAGAGUCAUAGACAACUGGGAUCAAUCGGCGCCGGAACUACACCUGGUCGUGUAUACCCUGGAAAGAAGAUGCCCGGUAGGAUGGGUGGAACCAAGAGGAAGAUAAGAAAGCUUAAAAUUGUCAAAAUUGAUAAAGAUCUGAAUGUGGUAAUGAUCAAAGGUGCUCUUCCUGGUAAGCCAGGGAAUCUUCUGCGGAUAACUCCAGCCAAGAUUGUAGGGAAGAACAUUCCAAAGAAUUAGUGUAUCUUUUUCUCUUAUAUUUUUAUUAUUUUAUGUUACCUUUGAUUAAAUUGUCUGUAACUUCUAUGCACUCCUGUUAGCCCUUCACUUUCAAGUUUAUGUAUACUACUCUUCCCUUCUAAACCCAUUGCAUUGAUUUGAGUUA